UUCUCCUCCGCCUUUCUGUUCCUCAGUUCCUCUUCGUCUCUGUUUAUCUUUAUCAGAUAAACUCAGGGUUUCGAAAUCGAAGUCGUUCCUCUCAACUCGUCUUCUCCUCUCUCUAUCACAAUGAGUAGAUCCGGUCAGCCUCCAGAUUUGAAGAAAUACAUGGACAAGCAGCUUCAAAUCAAGCUAAAUGCUAACCGUGUUGUGGUUGGGACUCUUCGUGGCUUUGACCAGUUCAUGAAUCUCGUGGUCGAUAACACUGUUGAGAUGAAUGGAAGUGACAAAAACGACAUAGGCAUGGUGGUAGUCAGAGGAAACAGCGUGGUUAUGAUUGAAGCGUUGGAGCCUGUUAGUAAAGCACAGCAGUAGUUACAGUUGGAUACUAGUCCUGUUUGUCCCUUUUAUCUAUGGGAGUAUGUUCUUUGGAUUAUAUAUCUACUAGGACUUUUGUGAAUGAAUUGUGCUGUAGAGGUUGGAAUGCUGAACGGCUGAUGUAAUGAAACUAGAGAUUUUCUGUAUUUCUAACGGAAGUUAAUCUGGUCUAGUAUUCUUAUUCUCUGAUGUAAAGACCUUUGUUAUCUCAACCUAGUUCUUGGAAAAAGAUUUAUCUUUUCCUUUGGUUA